AUGAAUAUCCUUCACUCUACACUUUCCACCUGGCGCGAUCGCCUCGCUCCGGUUUCGCGGACGUCGACCUUUCGCGCCACCGGUCAGAUCACUCCAGAGGAGUUCGUGCUGGCUGGCGACUAUCUGGUCUACAAGUUUCCAACGUGGUCGUGGGGCGAUGCAUCUAGUCCAGCUAAACGGGUCUCCUACCUACCGCCCGGGAAACAGUUUCUCGUCACACGGGGUGUGCCUUGCCAUCGAAGGUUGAAUGAUAACUUUGCGGGAGAUGCCGGUCGCGAAGAUGAGAUCGUGCGAGAUAUGCUCGCUGGCGAGACCGACGAGGGCCCAAGGGAAGGGAAUGGAGACGACGGCUGGCUGCGAACUGGCGGUGGCCGUGAUACCGUCGCCGACCGUGACAUGCAAGAGGCCAAGAUCCGCGACGUGAGAACGGUAGACGAAUCUGGCAACUUGGGCGAGCAGGAAGAGGACGAUGAGAUCCCAGAUAUGGAAGAUGAUGACGAUGACGAGGAGGCGAUUAUUCGCGAGCCUGCUGGGAACUCAGGAACCACGCAACCGCUUCGCACCUACACCCUCUAUAUCACAUACUCCAAUUUUUACCGAACGCCACGGCUCUAUCUCUCAGGCUAUCUUUCUCCCUCAGAACCACUCCCACCCCACCUGAUGAUGGAGGACAUUGUCGGAGACUACAAAGACAAGACUGUGACGCUGGAGGACUUUCCCUGGUUCGACGGCAGCGUCAAGAUGGCCACAGUCCACCCAUGUCGACAUGCUUCAGUAAUGAAGACGAUGCUCGGCCGAGCCGACGCCGCAUUAAAACUCCGUCUGGAAAAGCUCAAGCUUAACCAGUCCCGCGCCCAGCAAUCCGGCGCGAAUACUGGACUCGAGGGACUCGUCGACGGUACCAAAGGGCUAUCAAUUGGUGAUCAGCCUCAGCAACAACAGCAUGGUGGCGACGAGUGGGAGGUGCUGCAAGCCGACGAAGAUGAGCAGGUGGCUAUUCGCGUGGAUCAAUAUCUGGUUGUUUUCCUCAAGUUUAUCGCCAGUGUCACGCCUGGGAUCGAGCAUGAUCAUACGAUGGGAGUGUGA